GGCUGUAUAAUUGUGUGUUAACUUCUUGGUUUGGUAGUGACAGAACUGCUGUGCCUACAGUUUCUGUCUUUCUGAAUGACGUGUCUCCUCUCUUAUUCUAUUGAAUCGAGGGGGCAGAAAGUUGGGGGCCAUUCAUGGGGAUCGAUCAUUGAAAUCUCCUGCUUGGGUCUCCCUCCAUUCUCCAACUAUUGCAACUCCCAAAUCUCCAUUUUUUUGCUCAUCAAUUUCACCUUCUCACGCUGCAUUUUCUCUCUUUCCGGAGGAGCACCCUUUUUGGGUUUGAUCUCCGCGGAAAAUAUUGAAGGCCUUCAUUGAAUUGCUCUACCUCUCUUCCUCCUUAGUGGGGUUUGUCUCACUCCAAAGAUUUCAGGUGUUCCUCUGCUGGCUUGCAGCACUACCAUUAUGCUAAAGCAAAUUCUUAGCAAAUUGCCUAAGAAGGUGCCAAAAUCUGACCCAUCAGAUACUACACGGAGUGAUUCUGGGAAUCCCACGAGCUUUGGGAAUGUCUUUCAAUGUACAAAUGUUGGGACUGCCAUUUCGAGCAAGUUAAAUGUUGUGAAGCGGGUAUCGUCAGCGGUUUUCCCUGCAAGCAUGGGUGCUGGUGUGGAAGCAGUUGACCCACAUCUUUCCUUCAAAGAUGUUUCAAAUGCACAGAAGCAAAACAUGUUUAUCAGUAAGUUGAGUUUUUGCUGCAGUGUUUAUGAUAUGAGUGAUCCUGAUAGGAACUGCUCAGAGCUAGAUCUUAAACGUCAAACACUGACAGAGCUUGUAGAUUUUGUUUCUUCUGGAUCCGCAAGGUUUACGGAACCAGCAAUUUCUGCCAUGUGUAAAAUGUGUGCAAGCAAUUUGUUCAGGGAUUUCCCACCCAAGUUUCGUUCUAGUUCUACUGGUGGUGAAACAGCAGAUGAAGAACCAAUCUUUGAUCCUGCCUGGUCCCACCUGCAAGUUGUUUAUGACCUCCUCCUUCAAUUUAUCAAUCACAACUCUCUUGAUGUGAAAUUGGCAAAAAUGUAUCUUGACCAUGCUUUCAUUCUGAGAUUGCUGGACCUUUUUGAUUCUGAGGACCCUAGAGAAAGAGACUCCCUGAAAGCAAUCCUGCAUAGGAUCUAUGGGAAAUUUUUAGCACACAGGCUUUUUAUACGGAAAUCAGUUAGCAACAUUAUCUACCGGUUUGUUUUCGAGACUGAACGUCAUAAUGGAAUUGCUGAGCUUUUGGAGAUAUUUGGGAGCAUUAUUAGUGGAUUUGCUUUGCCAUUGAAGGAGGAGCACAGAACAUUUCUAUGGAGGGUUUUGAUUCCCCUGCACAAACCCAAGUCCGUGGGUAUCUAUCAUCAGCAGUUAACAUAUUGCGUUGUACAGUUCAUAGAUAAGGAUCCAAAACUGGCUAGCACUGUGAUUAAGGGACUAUUGAAGUACUGGCCAGUCACAAAUAGUCAAAAGGAGUUAAUGUUCUUGAGUGAAUUGGAAGAGUUGUUGGAAAUGACUAGCAUGGUGGAAUUCCAGAAGAUUAUGGUCCCACUGUUUAGACGGAUAGGUGGUUGCCUUAACAGUUCCCAUUAUCAGGUGGCUGAACGUGCCCAUUUGCUGUGGAACAACGAACACAUCCUUAAUCUGAUCACUCACAAUCGGCAGGUGAUUCUGCCUCUCAUCUUCUCAGCUCUUGUACGUAACACCCAAAAUCACUGGAAUCAAGCAGUACUCAACCUGACUAAGAACAUCAGGAAGAUGAUCUCUCAGAUGGAUGAGGAUCUAGCGCUUGCCUGCCAACAUAACUUGGAGGAGGAAGAUUUGAAGUCAGUUGCUGAAGCCGAGAGGCGAAGAAUAACAUGGGAACGCCUGGAAGCUGCAGCCAAUGUUCAAUCUGUAGUUGGUGACAUUUUAGUUCCUAUAAAAUCUGCGGCAUGCUCUGUGGCCUGCUAGUUGCUUGAAUGCAUUAUAAUGACGAAACAAAUCACCAUCCAAGGAUGUGAUUGUUCAAAUAAUAUAGUGAUGUGUUUUUUCUUUGUCAUAUUUACUUAGGUUUUAAGUUGCCAAUAGGGUUGGUAAAUCAAAUUGUGCUUAGCACUUUAGAUUCUGCUUAGGUUCUUCCACAUACUGCUCAGUGGGUCAUUCAUUUUUUCUGCAAUUAUUUGCAGUGUCAGCACCUCUGUAAGUGUGACUUUUUCUCUAUUAGAGAUUAGAGAUUAAAUUAAAGAAUUGGGUAUA